UUUUUCUCUUCAUUUUACAGUGUUCAGUGGUUAUCUCUUGAUGAAACAACCAGGAUGUUUGUGAAUCUGUUCUGUGCAGCAGCAGAGAGAGAACAGCAGACAGGAGAGAAGAUACUGGAGCAGUUAUCAUCAGUGUUCACAAAUGAAACAUGUCCUCACAUAUACAGCUGUGGUAAAUAUCAGACUGGUUUCCUGCUGGAUCUGUUCUCCCUUGUGAAGGACUAUGAGACUAAAACAGGUCUGAGAGUCCUUCCAUCAUUACAGUCAGUUUUCCAGUCAGCUCCUGCAGUCUGGUCCAUAAACCUCUCAGAGAGAAAGACCUCCAUCCUCCUGGAAGUGCUGAAACUCCAAUCAGAGAAGAAAGAAGUGGAGCUGACAGGCUGGUCACAUGAAGAGAGUGAAGUGAGGAGUUUCCUGCAGUGUCUGCCUUAUAUCUCACAGCUCAGCUGUGGUCCAGGCUUCUUCCAGAGUGUGUGUUCAUCCAUCUCUGUCAGAUCCAGACAGGAGGUCCAGCAGCUGGUGUCUCUGCUGCAGCUCCUGGACUUCAAGCUGCUGUUAACAGGAAAGUUAUCCAGGACGACCUGCUGCUCUGUGGGGAGAGUUCUUCAACUUUGUGGCUCUCGAGUGGAUCUCAGCCUCACAGCUAAGAAGAUGUCUGUCAGAAGAACCUCCCUGCUUUUCAGAAAACCAACACAACUCCACAGUCUGAGGCUUUCCAAUGCCAUGGUCUUGCUCCUGUUUCGGUGGGUCAGAAGAAGUAAACUGAUGUGUCCUUUGACUGUUGAAGAGCUUUGUCUCGAGGCUCAGAAAGAUCAAGCAUCAGAGAGAAAGUUGUUGAAGGUUGUCAGUAGUUUAUGUUCCCUGCUGAGAUCCUGUUCAGUCAGACAGUUGGUCCUCACUGAGUCCUGCAUCCCUGCUCAGUGUCUCAUUCCACUGCUGCUUCUCCAUGGUCCUCCAACCAUCAAACUGAGUGAAGAUCAUGUCCAGCAGCUGCUGGUCCUGGUCCAUGAAGUCCAGGACCAGGUCUUGACAUUGUCUUUGUUGAAUGUGGUUUCUGGAGACCUGACCUCCUACAGCCUGAACUGGGAGCUUCUUCACUAUCUGCUGCAGCAGUGUCCAGCUCAGACCAUCACUGUGAACCUGAGGAAGAACCGCUUCUUACAGGAGAGCGCCGCUCGUCUGCUUCCCUUUCUGGGCAGGAUUGUGAUUAAAAGGCCCACUCCCAGCUUGGUGAUGACUUCCAUCAGAGAGCUGUACAGAGCUCAUGCCAGUCACAUGGUCCCCAGUUUGCUGAGGUCACUGGAUCAUGUGAUCAACCUGAGCUGCAGAGAGCUGGACUCAGUGGACUCUGCUGCUCUGCUCUUCACCCUCAGACACAGUGACGGAGUUAAAGUGGACCUCCGGUGGACCUCCAUCCCAGCAGAGGGAACACGAUCCAUCCUCUCUGCGCUGGACAGAGUUUCUGAGCUCAGUGUGGACAGGAAUCAGCUGCUGAGGUUCAUCCACUGCUGUGCUGCCUCUGACGCCCAGCAGGAGGCAGCGUCCGGCCUGCUGAGGACUCUGCAGCACCGCUUGGAUCUGUCCUGCCAGUCCUGUGUGGAUCUACAAGAGGAGGAUCAGACUGAGCCUCUGAGUCUGACUGCUGAUGACUGCAGGGCCGCAUCCAUCGUCCUGAAACACUGCAGCCCGGACACUCAGCUCCACCUGCAGGACUGUGAGGUGGAGGACGGAGGACUGGACCUGCUGUUUUCUGUCCUGGACAGGGUCCGCCUCAGAGUCAGUAAAAGUGUCCUCCUCCAGCUGCUGUCCCUGCUUCCUGUCCACUCUGAGAGGGACACAGUGAGACGGGCCGAGUCCCUGUGUGGAGCUCUGGGUGGAGAGCUGGACCUCAGUCACAGCACACUGGACCAGAGGGUCUGUGGAGGUCUGGUCCAGAUGCUGGACUCCUGUGAAGGACUGACUGAGCUGGACCUCAGUCACUGUCAGCUCAGCGACCAGCUGCUGCUGCCCCUCAUCACACAUCUGCACAAAGUCCAGGUCCUGGAUCUGAGCCACAAUCAGAUCACAGACGCCUCCACAGAUGUUCUCCUCCAGCUGAUCUCCAUCCACUCCUCCAUCCACACUGUGCGACUCUUCAGCAACGACAUCGUGGACAGAAGACCCUUUGAGAAGCACAAGCAGUUUGAAAUGUGGUGAAGCAGUCAGGAGGUCAUGUGAUCAUCAGGGAUGAACUGUUGGAUGUUGUCAUUAAAAGCCUUUUCUCCUCAUGAAGAGAUGAAAACAUGGAGUUCAUUCUGGUCAUCAGUAGUGUGAGAUGUAGAGACUUUAGUUGAAACAAGCUUUGAUUUUGACCACAUUAGAUUCUUUGUUUUUUUACAAUCAAUAAGACGACACUUUAUCUGGAGGUAAAGAGCAGCCAGCAGUGUUUUCUAAAACUUGUUUGACAUUAUUAGUCAGUGGAGCUCAUAUUUCUGUUUGCUACCAUGUAAUGAUGGUCUUAAAAUUAUUAUUUUAUUGUGACAAAACACAGACUGUAACUGUCAGUGUUGUGAACAGGCUGAAGUGAUCUUUUUCUCCUGCUGUGAUAACUGUAUUUAUUCUGGGAGCACAACCACCAAACAAUCAUAUAUUCAGGUCCAGCCCUAGUUGUGAUGUUAUUUUCUAUCUAUGUGCCAUUUAGAGGGAAGUGAAGUACAGUAUAUUUUGUAUGUUUUGUCAGUGGAAGUAGUUUUCACUGAUCAAACAUAAAAGCGUUCCCUUACUACAAGUAUUUGGUUCAAAAGCUUUAUGUUGUGAAAAAAAAUGAGAUUUGGAAAUUUGUGUUUCUUGUGCCUUAACUUGUCAUUUUGUAAAGAUGUUGUUUAUUUUUGCUAUUUUUUAUUUUAUUAUUUGGAUGUACCAGAGUCUGCACAUUAUCUUACAUUUUUGCCUGUCUGAUCACAUCAUUUCUAAGAAAUAAAUCGGACAUUACAGUCAAACAGUUA